GCUUUGCAUAUCUCCUGCCGUAUCUGUGUGUGUCUGUCACUGUUACUGUAGUCCCAGCCUAUAGUUUGAAAUAGAUAUGGAAGGAGACGGGAGUCAAGCCACAUCCGGAAGCCUAAAUGAUUCACAACAUGACCCGGGUAAAAUGUUUAUCGGUGGCCUCAGCUGGCAAACCUCACCAGACAGCCUUAGAGACUAUUUUAGUAAAUUCGGAGAAAUAAGAGAAUGUAUGGUGAUGAGAGACCCCACGACAAAACGCUCAAGAGGAUUUGGGUUCGUUACGUUUACAGAUGCUGCCAGUGUAGAUAAAGUCUUAGCUCAACAACACCACGAAUUAGACUCAAAGACGAUUGAUCCUAAGGUUGCCUUUCCACGUCGCGCCCAGCCUAAGAUGGUCACAAGAACAAAGAAAAUAUUUGUGGGUGGCUUGUCAGCCAAUACAGUAGUGGAAGACGUGAAGCAGUAUUUUGAACAGUUUGGGAAGGUUGAUGAUGCCAUGCUUAUGUUUGAUAAGACUACUAACAGACAUAGAGGAUUUGGCUUCAUAACUUUUGAGAGUGAAGACAUCGUCGAGAAAGUCUGUGAAAUUCAUUUUCAUGAAAUCAAUAACAAAAUGGUAGAAUGUAAGAAGGCCCAGCCCAAGGAGGUGAUGUUCCCACCAGGUACACGGGGGCGAGCCAGGGGUCUGCCCUACACCAUGGAUGCCUUCAUGCUGGGGAUGGGCAUGCUGAGCUACCCUAAUAUUGUGGCAACAUAUGGCCGCGGAUACACUGGAUUCGCACCGAGCUACAGCUACCAGUUCCCUGAGUCCCAACUUUUUUGGAAUCGGGCUUGUAGCACUACAGGCUUCCCAGCGACAGCAUACGGACCGGUGGCGGCAGCGGCAGUAGCAGCAGCGCGUGGCUCAGGUAGGGGGGCCCGUGGAAGAGGCGGCUACUUGGCGUACCCACAGAGCACAGGGCCAGGCCUCCCCGAUUAUGGGUUUUACUCUACGCCCAGUGACCAGAGGGGGGGGCCCUGCUCCUUUGCUGACUAUGGCUCCCUGGGGCCCCAAGCGGCUCAGAUGCUGCACAGUGAGCAUGCCACCUCCGCCUGCAACUCCCCCCUCCAGCACCUACACAGCCCGGAUCAAUUUAAGAACCCAGGCACCAACCCGUCAAGGCCCGGAGGUUUCCCUGGUGCUAACAGUCCAGGGCCUGUGGCUGACCUGUAUGGACCUAGCAGCCAGGAUUCAGCUGUGGGCAACUACAUCAGUGCUGCUAGCCCUCAGCCUGGCUCUGGGUUUGGCCCCAGCAUCACAGGCCCGUUGAUUGCGACAGCUUUUACAAAUGGAUACCAUUGAACAGGUGGCCGGUUGCCAUCUCAUCAGAGCAGAGUAUAUCUGGUGGCCCAGGAAAGACAGGACGAAGUUUCUAAUUGGCUUUGUGUGCAGGUGAUGCUAUCCAACUUCAAGCACUACAGCAUCACCCGGGCAAAAAGAACGAAAGUCGGAACCAUAUGAAGAAGAAAAGAAAAACGUUAGUCAUCUCAGAAAAAUAACAACUGCUGUACUAUAAUCCAAACCUCCUAUAACUUUACAACCUGGUUUGGUAUGAUGUUUCACGUCGAUUUCAUUCACCAAUUUCCUUCCUCUGUUAGCUUUUGUUUUGAUUAGUUUUUAGAGAGUCAUUUUAGUUUUUAACCUUAAUUUUGUGUCAUUUUAUUUGAUCUUAUAGUAUAUUUGUGUAAAUGGAUUUUGUUUGAAGUAAAGGGGGGUCAUAGCCAAGAAUAUCUGCAAGUCAUGUCUUCAUCUUUGUAGUGUAAAGGAGAAACGAUUGGAUGAUCCAUUCAGUCUUUCCGCAAAAAAAAAAAAGAAGCUCAGUGUGGAGAGACUCGAAGAAAAAAAAUUACAUUUUAAGGAAAAUUUAAAGAGGGUAUCUAAGUAAUAAAUCUUAGUAGCUGUUUUAUUUCUUGUGAUGUCUCAUUGUUAACCAUAAUUACCUAUUUUUGGGCAAUACAAAGAGGACUCCAAUAUUUUUAUGGUCCUUUUUUAUAAGUGUUGUUUUUGUUGUUUAGAAAUAUAUAUAUAUGCUAUAACAAAUUUCAUAUAACUACAUUGUGAAUUCAAACUUGAGAAAAAGAAAUGUAGCUGUACAUAUUAUUCCAGUCACUGCAUAUAACCAACUCAGUGAGAGAAUAGCAUAUUUUUGUGAUGGUGUGUCAAAAAGAACAUGUUAUAGCGUGUGAAUAGAAGAAAAAGCUGUAAACAGUUAUUAUUCUACUUUUUUCUGCUGGAAGACGGUAUAAAACGACCCCGGAGACAAACAGAACACACUUGCUCUGUAAAUACUGAAGCCGAAUAAUUUUACAAGUGUCAUACCAGCAACAUUUACAAACGGUGAGUUAAGUCAACACAGUUUUAAGAAAUAAUAAUAAAAAAAACAAAGAGCCUGAUUGGUAUCUUUUGUCUAACUGUUAAGAUAUCAGUAUCAUUUCAAAGAGAGAGAAAAAAAGAUGAUUUAAUCCAAAGCACACUGUACUUAGAUGUGAAGAUUAGAACUUGAACCAGGCAUUUUACAGUGCUCUGUGCAUCCUGACACUUUUAUACUCUUGAGAGGAACUUGUUAGUUGUGUGUUAUUGUUUGUUUCAUCCUGCUUGUUCCUGAUUCACUUCUGGAACACGAUAUAUCUGGGCUCUGUGCUAGAGCCUUUUAUGUGAUGCUUGUUCUCUGAAUCAGUUCUUUUAUGAAUGAAUUAGGAAAGUAAACAUUUUGAUACCAUACCUCAGCCUUUGUGAGUUCUAUUGUGGAGUCAUUGGCAGGUUUAAUUUAUUCUAUAGUGGCAAAAUAAACGAAAACACUGAAAGGUUUAAUAAAGCGAGUAAUCAUUGCACUGUGAGUAGUAAAGUACAGGCCAUUUUUUUCCAAUUUGCACAUGUAUAUGUCGGCUUUUUAAAAAACGGCCCUGUGCUUUGGGAUAGUAUGAAGGAUUUUGGGUUAAUGUAUUCAUGACUAGACAAACACUUCAGAGUUUUGAGGUGAGUUAACAGCUUGGGAAGUAGAUAUGUUGCAGGAUCUCUUUAUAUAUUAGACCCAUGUCUCAUCUAAAGAUAUUUAUACAGGGUUAAAAGAUGACACUGAAUUAUUCACUCUCUGUCGCUGCACCAGGUUUUACACAGUAUGUGUGGUUGAUGAUUUUACUCAUGACAAACAUUUAACAAUAAUAAUAAUAAUAAUAAUAUGCUCCAGUCUGCUUUUUAAUGGAAUGAAUGGUGUGAUUCUCUGAAAUUCUUUACCUGCUGCAGGUGUAUUUGUUUUGUUUGUUGUUGUUUUUUUUUCAUUUUACCCACUUCUUCUUGUCCUCAUUUCUUUUCUUUUUUUUUUUAUUUCAAAACAACCAGGUAAAGAAAUAUGCUGGAUACUUCUAAAGUAAAUGAUAAUGGAGGUGUGAUCAAGUAAUAAUUUAAAGAAGAGUAAAGAGAAAAAAAACCCUUGUAAUGUUCAAAUGUAAAAGAAAAUAAGAAAUACAAAACUAUAAAAAAGAAAAAAAACAAAGAUGCUUCUUUGCUGAUUUCAAGUUUAAUCAGAGUUUUAUUGAUACUUUGUGGUUUAUAUAUUAAUAAUUGUAAUAUACUAUUAAAAUGUACUGUGCAUCCA